UGAGUCGUGUGCUUGUGUUCUCGUGGUUGCGAACGAAUUGUGAACUUAAAAACAUUAGUGUGGACGUGAAAAUAUUUGAUUUCUGUUUUUUUGUCGCGUUGGCAGCAUAUAAUAAAAUAUCGUGUUAAAUUCAAAAUGUGAAAACUGUGGCUUAAUUACAAGUUGAAUGUAUCAGUUAAUAAGUUUUUAAAAAAAUAGGUGAAUAAAAUGAGGCUCACUGGAGUUUUGAGAAAUGUCGUAUCGAAUACUCUGACACAUCGAUUAGAAAAAGAAAUUGUCAUAAAGGCGCCAUGGGGUAAUAUAGCAGCGCUUACGUGGGGUGAUCCAGCGAAACCACCUGUAUGCCUGGUCCAAGGGAAACUAGACGCAUGUUCAUCAUUCCGUCCUCUAGUGUCACUACUACCUGAUGAUUAUUUCUAUGUAUCUAUAGAUCUGCCUGGUAAUGGUCUUUCAGACCAUCUGCCUAAGGGUAUCAGAUACACUGCAGUGGAUUUAGUACCUAGUAUAGUUGAAGUUAAGAAUCAUUUCAAAUGGGACAAGUUCGCGUUCGUAGGCCAUUCCCUAGGAGUUCUUGUUGGCAAAUAUUUUAUUCUAGCGUAUCCUGGGCAAAUUACAAAAGCGGUAGAAUUGGACCCUAUGCCUGCGUACUUCUCCUGGGAAGUCAACCAAAUUAGCGUAUGGUACAAGCUGAAUUAUGAACGGUACUACGGGGAGCAAUACCUUAAGUGGAACAGUGGGAAGGAAACUGCCCCGAAAUACACAUUCGAAGAAAUACAAGAAAGGAUGAUGAGAGCCCGAGGUCUAUCGAAGGAAGCCACUGCUCAUAUUCUCGAGCGAUCUUUGGAGCCGGCUGGAGAUGGACUUUACAGAAUAACGUACGACCAACGCAUGAAGUUUGUCACCACGCCACAACUUUCAGCUUCAAAUCUUCAACAACUGUACACAAGUAUCAGAUCACCAACAUUCGUCAUCCUUGCUCGAAAUACUAUAGAUGGUGGUUUUUAUGACAAAGCACCCUUCUUACAAGACCCUAAAUCCUGGCCACACAAUAAUUACAAGUACAUGAUUGUAGAUGGCAGCCACGAUAUUCACGUAGAAAAUCCAGAAUGUGUGGUCAAUGAGAUCAGCCAGUUUUUGAAAUUUGGCUUGGCAAAUUCUUGAUGUUUUUAGCAUUUUUAGAAGAAUUCAUGAGAAAUACGUCGCAAACAAAAGACUUAUGCUAUGGGAUCCCAAAUUUCUGUUUGUCUUGAAGAGGCCUGGAAACAAUGUUAUUUUUAACAUACAGAGUGAAUUUUGUAUUUAUAACCAAACUAGCUUAAUGUAUAAAUAUAAAAUGUGAUGUGACAUAAAAACCCGAUCAGUUUUACUUCAAAUCAUCCUUAGAUCAGAGUGGGAUUAAGGGGGAAACUUUGCCAGUAAUUCUUCCGUAAAAUUGGCUGGUUAUCGACCAACGUCUUUCGAAAGUCUUCAAAGUUUUUUGUGACCCAAGUUGGCACCAACUAAAGUAGGUACUUACCUACUAUAGAUAUAAAUUCUAAUCAAAGUGAUACGAACGCUGUUUUUAGAAAUUGAUGAGUGGCUUCGUAAUACUUUAGUGAGCCAGCAAACUAAAAUAUUGGUAUCAUGAAGAAGAAAUUCGAUAAAAAUUAUAUGUGUAAAUUUCUAACGUACUUAUACGUAUAUUUGAAAAUUUGUACCUAAUUUUCUUGAUCCCCUUUGCUAUACACAUCCGUAAUAGGCACCUAUUUUACCAAUCGUUCAAGUCCAACAAUAUAAAAAAAAACAUCAAAGAAAAACAAAUAACUCAAAUAAGAUAUAUUCAGGACAAUCCAAAUACCUAUACCCACAAACUGCUAACGAUAACAAAAAACGCGCCUUCUGCGAACUAUGAUUCAAUUCCACAAAACCCAAGUUGUCGUUCCAAAUAUUAACUACCAUUUAUUACAACCCUUUGGGUUAGGUCCUUGCUCGGUAGACACGCCAUUUUGUGGCUUCAAGUUUUAGUGGUCAGUUAGUGGGAGUAUGAGUAACCAUAACUAAUAUAUUUUAUGGCCAACAAAAGAUAUAUAAUACUUAAUAUCAAAAAUUUGGCAAUGGCUUAACUGUUGAUUAUAGUUUGAAUGAAGUAUUUAUACCUCGUAAUAUGAACAAAAUGAACCCAAUCAUAAGGGAGGAUAACAACAACAGUCGUGUAAAAAGUAUCGCGUCUGCACAGCGCUGGGAUCACACGGUUGAACUUUAUCAUAAUAUAGCAUUCAUUCAGCAAUAUCCAAGCCAUUAUAUCAAGCGAGUUUAUCUCGCCGCGAACCCAUUUCGGGGGGGGGUCGAUGUUUAAAUAAAUUCUGCCGAUUUUAGUUCGAUUUUGCAUCUUUAUUUGGAUUUCUAUGAUUGAAGAUAUUUUAUGAUCGUAUUUAUCAUCUCAUGAG